AUGGACGACACCAACGACCAGAACCGCACCCCCACCCGCCCAGCACCCCAGCCAACUCGCUCGGGCAGGAUCCCCCAGCGACCGACGAGCACGAUCAGCCUCAACCCACUCGACUUCCUCGAAUUCCCUGACGAGAGCGAAUCAGAUGACCCCGACUUCGACCCCCUCUCCAGCCAAGCCCAGCCAGCCCGAGACUUCUUCAGCACCCAGACCUACCCUGCUCUAGCCCCCGCCCCACUCGACAGUCUUGCCCAGCAGGCCGAACCCGUCGGCUUCGACUUCUCCACCCUCUGCGACCACCCUGAGCCCCUCACAGCCUGGCCACCCCUCGACUCACUCUCCAUCGACCCAUCCAACCCAUUCAACCAGUUCCAACCAACCUCAGCAACCCUCGCCAACCCCUCCCCCAAGCUCUCCCCACUCACUCAGGGCGAACUCGCAGGCGUGCCCUUUGUCAACAUCAACCUGCCCGAAUCCGACGACUCGCCCGAAUUCAUCCCGCCCCCUACCACUCGCUCAUCAGCCGCCGCCGCCGCCGCCGCCGCCUCUUCAUCCUCAUCCCGGCCCUCCAAACGACCCAGGCGCGAAACUAACAUUCCCGAUCAAAACACCGCCCAAUGGCAGGAAUCCUCCUCUUCAACCCGCACCCAGCCCACCACGGCUCCUUCAAGAAAAUCCAUCCCGCUGUCAACGUGCUCAUCAACCCAGCUUCCAGCAUCGAUCUCCAGUCGGUACAUCGCCAUUGCACCCACUCCCAACUAUACCGCCGAGCAAUAUGACACCAUCGAAGACUCUGAAGACGACGGACCAUCCGACCAUCUCUCAUCACGCCCAGAACUCGUCCAGAGGAAUGCUACCAUCCGUGCUCAGCCAAUGCCUAAACCCCGGAAACCCCUCUCCUCAACAACGAUCCGACCAAACCAACACGAUCCUCCAUCGACCAUCGAUCACGAAAUCGGCGACCGCGAAGACUCUAUGAAGCGUAAGAGGGAAGGGAUGAGGAAGAACAGAGAGCGGAAGAAGAUCUAUAUUGUUUCGCUCGAAGAUCGAUGUCUCGAACUAGCCGAAGAAAAUGCAAGGUUGAGAGAGGAGAAUCAGCAGUUGAUCCGAGAGUCGCGCGAGAAUUGGAAGGCCAAGGCGAAGUCCCUGGAGGUCUUCAAGCUCCUCAACCAGCAGAUCCAGCAAGUGACAAUGUUCAUAUGGAAAUAG